UCGCUCCUCUGCCCCUCUUCUCCUCACACCCAAGAAGCCUUCUUCCACCCUUCCUCUGCUCGUCCCAGCUCCUCCCGCAUCCGCCUCCGCGCGGCUCCCCAUUCCCGGAGACACCCCGAGCGAGACAGCCAUGGGAAUGGGGCCCCUCGAGAACGCGGCGUCGGCCGUGGACGCGGCGGCGGUGGAGGCGAAGGCGGCGGCGACGGCGACGGGCGGCGGGGGGUCGUACGCGGUGCUGCAGUGCGGGGAGGACUCGGAGUACGUGCGCAAGGCGUACGGGGGAUACUUCGAGGUGUUCAGGGCGCUGCUGGCGGAGGACGGCGAGCGGUGGCGGGUGUACCGGGCCGUGCGCGGGGAGCUCCCGGGGGACGCCGAUGCCGCGGCGCUCGACGGGUUCGUCAUCUCCGGGAGCUGCAGCGACGCCCACGCCGACGACCCCUGGAUCCUCGCGCUCGUCGACCUCAUCCGCCGCCAGCACGCCGCCGGCAAGCGCAUCCUCGGCGUCUGCUUCGGCCACCAGAUCCUGUGCCGGGCACUGGGCGGCAAGACCGGCCGGGCGAAGAAGGGCUGGGACAUCGGCGUCAACUGCAUCCACCCCACCGCCGCCGCGGCGAGGCUCUUUGCUCCUCUCCCGCUCCCCGUCCACUUGCCCAUCAUCGAGUUCCACCGGGAUGAGGUGUGGGAGCUGCCUCCUCAGGCUGAGGUGCUGGCACGAUCGGAGAAGACCGGCGUCGAGAUGUUCCGGCUCGGCGACCGCGUCAUGGGCGUCCAGGGCCACCCGGAGUACAGCAAGGACAUCCUCAUGAGCAUCGCCGACCGCCUCCUCCGCAACAAUCUCAUCCUGGAUUGCCAGGUGGAUUCGGCGAAGGCUAGCUUCGACGUGCGGCAACCUGACAAGGAGCUGUGGAAGAAGGUGUGCAGGGGUUUUCUGAAGGGGAGGCUUCAGUCGCAGCAGCAGAAGCAGCAGAAAGCGUCGGCGCAGCUGGUGCUAUCGGACUCGCUCUACUUGUAAGAGCAGUUCAGGGGAGAAGGGCAUUGGAGGGGCCUAGAUUAAUCCUUAUUUUCUGGCUUCAGAUUUGUACAGAGAAAAAAAACUAAUUAUGGGGAGCACUAAUAAAGAGAGUAAUUGGGUGGUUUAAUUGGCAAAA